UUUGUUGGUUAUGCUAUGUUGUUUGUAUUCGAAAUUUGUUUAAUUACCCUUUAUAUGUAUGUAUAAAUAAGAAACAAAAUAGAACUAAACUAUAAAUUUGGCGAGUUUAAUUAAUGUGUAAAUCAUAAAUAUCCUUUGCUAUGGAAGAAGAAGCAGAGGUCGUCCACACUCCCAAAACCUUUAAAAUUUUAUGUUCCUUAUAUCCAGAGAUUUUCGAUAUAGACAAAUCCAUAUGUAGAAGCUAUUUUCGCCAGUAUGGGAAAGUGCUUCGCAUGAUCUUUAAACCCAAACAACGGACAAUAGUUAUAGAAUACACAAAUCAAAAUGAUUAUCUGAAUGCCCUCUCUGGCCCAAGUGAAUAUGAAGGACAAUCUUUUAAAGUCGAAACUUAUCAGCCACCGAGUCCAUGCCCCACAAAAUCUCAAACAGAACACCUUAAAAAGAAACAAAGAGAAAAGAUAGUAAAGAAGCACAAGUUGACAUACCUUAGCCCAGAGGAAUUAAAAAAGAACCACAAUGUUUCUUAUAUUGAGAAUACUGAGAUUAAUGAGGAGCUUGCCGCAAUGGGAGGUUAUAAGGGUAUAAUUGAUCUUACCGAUGACGCGCCAGCAUUUCCACCAAAACCACAAAGAGUUCCCAGGCUUAAUAGAGUUUGGACCAGGGACAGUGUGAAAACUUUACCUGAAAAGCCUAGGGCAGCAGAAACUAUUAUCAAAAAAAGACAGGGACAAAAUUUAGCAAAAAAGAAGGUUGGAGGAAAAUCAAAGAUCUUAACUUCAGAACAAUUGGAACUUCUGAAAGUGAUGAAGCUACCAGCCCAUACUACAGAUGAGAAAUAUAAAGUUUUGGAUGCCAGAGAUAAGCUUUUAAGGAUAAAUUUCAAGAAACCCAAGUUAAAAUCAAGCCCUACUGUUGGAACAUGCACUGAUAUGUGCCCAGAAAAGGAGAGAUUACUGAGGGAGAUCCAGCACCAAGUAUCAAUAUAUGAACAAGAUCCAUCAAGCAAACAUGUUAUCGAUCCAGCUAAAGCAGUCAAACAGUACAGCAGAAGCUCUGCAGACCAAGAAUCACCCUUACCCCACGAAUUAAGACCUGUUAAUGUCUUGCAACUUACUAUGACCUACCUUAUGUAUAACAUAAUGGAUUUAGCUGAUAAUGAUCCAGAGGUAAAUAUAGGCGAAUGGUUUCACUUCUUAUGGGAUAGAACUAGAGGUAUAAGAAAGGAUAUAACCCAACAGGCUUUGUGCUGCCAGGGGUCAGUGACAUUAGUGGAACAGUGUGCCAGAUUUCAUAUUCACUGUUCAGCAAGAUUAAUGGGUGAAGAUCCCUCAGUCUUUGACCAAAAAAUCAACACGGAAAACCUAACCAAAUGCCUUCAAACUCUAAAAUACAUGUAUCACGAUUUGAAGCUUAAAGGAGAACAGUGCGUAAACGAACCAGAAUUCAGAGCUUACAUUAUUUUGUUAAAUUUAAAUGAUGGAAACUUUAUGUGGGAGGUCCAGCAGUUCCACAGAGACAUCCAAAAGUCCCCCGAAGUAAAAUUUGCCUUGGCAAUCUAUUCCGCGUUCGAAAAGCGUAAUUACGUUAAAUUUUUUAAACUAAUCAAUUCAACCACGUACCUAAACGCGUGCAUUCUUAUGCGCUACUUCGUACAAGUGCGUGUUCAAGCAAUAGAAACUUUGAUAAAAUGCUUUACGCCACCCAAAAGCAUCUCUUUCUAUCCAGUGCAAGAAGUAAUGGAUAGUUUGUUUUUUGAUGAUCUCGAAGGUACUGUGGAAUUUAUGCAAACUUAUGGAAUAAGAGUGAGCAAGGAGGGUACCAGUUUUAUGUUGGAGAGAGGUUCUUUUACGAUGCCUGAAUAUGCAUUUGUUUUGGAGAGGUCCAGGAGGGUUGAAAUGAAGAAAACUAUGUCGGCUGGAGCUGCUGUAAACGGUAGUACGUUCACUCCUGAAAUGUACAUGUUAGUGCAAUCCUACGUUGUACAUAACAGCUUUGAUAAAAAUGGUUAUCUGAUACAAGACGACCUGGUUAAUGAACUUGAGUCAAGUAUUGAAGACAGACUGUUAGAUGAAGCUGACGAUUCUAGGGAGACCACCCCAGAACCAAAAAUCGCGCCUACGAAACCCAUACAAAUUCCGAGCAAAAAAAACAUUUUCGCAUCGACAAAACCCACGGAAACCGCCAAUAUAUUCUCACAAAACAGGCCCGAGGUGGGCAACGUAUUUGGGCCCCCCAAACUGGAACCUGUAAAUAUUUUUGCUCAGAAGAGUGAUAAUUUUGGUAUGAAGCAGGAUAAUAAUAUAUUUGCUAUUAACAAAGAUCACCCAGGCUUAUUUCAACCAAAAGACGAAGUAGACGCAACUAUUAAAAAAGACAACAUAUUUGCCACAAAUAGUAGCGCAAAUAGGCCAAACAUACUGAACAACAUUUUUGCCCAAAAGUCCGUCCCAGCUAAGGAAACUCAUGGUUUUUCCAAAAGUGAACCACAAACAUCAAAUACCUUUGGAAAGCAGCCCAAUAUAUUUGCCCAAAAAGACCCCAGACUUCAAGGCAAAUCAGUUUUUGGAACCGAACCCCGGGCUUCCAAUAUUUUCGCUCAAAAACCGACAGAAAGCCCCAAAAAGGGCGGAUUCGCUUUUGUUCUUAAUAGACCGGCAAACAAACAAUCUUCUCAGCCUGUAAAUAUUUUCGCUUUAAGUGGACAAUCCAAGAAAGAAGAACAAGCUCGAUUGGAGACAGAAAAACAACAAAAUCUGGCGGAGCUGGAGGCCCUAGAAAAGGAAAAGGUACGCCUCCAAGAGGAAAUCGAAAAGGAAUUAAAACGGGAGCAGGAAGAGCAUAGAAGAAAAGUUGAAGAGGCUGCUGAAAAGCGACGCGCAGAAGCGGAAGCUGAGAAACGGCGUGAAGAGGAAAUAAAACGUCGCGAAGAAGAAGAAAGGAGGGAGAGAGAACGGAUUUUGGAGCAGGAGAGGCUGGAGAGGGAAAGGCGUGCCGCGGAGGAGCGAAGACGGCAAGAAGAAGAGAGACAAAUAAGGCUGGAAGAAGAAAAGAUACGUAGAAAGGAGGAAGAAGAAAGAUUAAAGAAUUUAGAGAUACAACUGACUGUAAAAACUAUUGUUACAAAAAUGGUGGAAACGGUAGAUCUAAAAAUACGCCAAGAAACCAUAAAAAGGAUAAGGGAAAACAUAAAGCGUCGCUCAGUGUUGGCAAUCGGGAAAAAAUGGCACAGCAUCGCCUCCAAAAGAGUGAAAAAACGUAAAGCGUUAGAUUGUAAUCCCAUUUUCGUUCAUACGAAAACCGUUGAACAGUGUGCUAAAGAUUUACAAUCGAAAUCUCAAACUUUGGCCCUGAGUAACAUGAAGAGGUAUAAGUUGGGAAAAUCUUUGGAGAUCCCUAUAGUAGAGCAUCAGCCUAUAGGGAACUUAAAACUAUUCCAGUUAACUUAUCCAAGCCUUAGGCGAAGACUCUGCGAACUUAAGGAAAAAUGGCACAGACAUAUUUACUGGAAAGUGGUCAUCUCAAUUCCAGAUAUCGAUGAAAUGGACACCGGUUUACAUAAAUUGGAAGAAACCCUGAAAUCUUACAUAGGUUGGCGUCCGGAUCGAUACGGCAACGUGGCUUACAUAGAACAAUGCAAAACGGUGACGUACUGCGUGGAGCGGCAACAGGGCGGCGAUAUAAGAAGCAGCGAUGCCAACGCUUUCAUUUUUAUUGCCAAAAAGUUUAAUCCUACGAUGCAGUGUCGAAUGAUCGAGAAUUUAAAGGAAUUCGGGGUGUACGUGCGACUGCCCGUUGUUUUAGUCUUUGAAGACCCGUCGAAUUCAGAUGAAUAUUUAAGAAGCCUUAAGGAGACUGGGGUAAUCUCGGAUUACACUAUAUACAGUUGCAACCUAAGCGCACAUGUCUUACCAAGCAUCAUUGAUAACGGAAUGAUAUUCCUUUCGAAAAAUGUGGAAAAGUACCCUCCGUUAGCACUGGACACUCUCCACUCGUUCCUCAAGAAGUACUUAUGCACCGAAAUGUGGAAAAAAGCUGCUAGUUACGCCAAAUGGAACCAAGAUUACAACUUCUGCAUGAGAGACCCGAAUAUAGUUAUAGGACUAUACAAUGAAGCUCUGGAAAUAUUAUCAAAAAUUAUCCUGGAUAAGAGAUGCAAAGAAUAUUCAGUUUUCCCGGAAGUAUUCAGGGAAUAUUUGCCUAGUAAAGUACCAGAUUUUUUGCCAUGUGACUAUCGAUAUUUCCCGUUCUUUUGGAGUCACCCGAAAUAUGAAGAGGAGCUGCGAUCGGUCUUACUUUCCCUACGUUUGCCAAAAUUUUUGGAAAAGUGGCCUCCCGAAGAUGAAACCGAUUUGCUGGUCUGCUUAUCAAAAUAUUGCACAGAAAUCUUCUCAAUUCCCAAAGGUCCUUUGGGAAUCGUACUAAAUUUACUUCGGGAUCAAGCCGAACUGGAACACUUCGCCAAAAUCACUUGGAUAGAAGCCAUACAGGCCAUCGCCCUAGAAAAGUUAAAAGAACUAGACCUGCGACUGCCCAAACAAUUCACCCCUGAUGUUUUUAACACUUUUAUUGUCGUAUACGAUACCCGUAUACUGGAAGAAUAUUGUAAUACUGAUUGGUUUUAUCGCAACAACCCUACAAUAGAAGGAUACAAGAAAAUUGUACAAAAUAAAGUAGAAAAUGAGAAAGAAUAUGAGCGCAGUAUCGUAGAGGUGCAACAAAAAAGAAAACGGGGCUUUGAAGAGUGCUUAGACCCCGAAGACGUAUUGGAAACCAUUAACAGGGCUGAAUCGUUGCUGAGAUCGCCGAAAAACGCUUGUUUAGAGUCGAAAAGCCAAAUUGAGGAGCUUAAUCGAAGCCUAAGGGAUCUAGAGGACUCAAUUAGUGUAGUUAAACGUAUGGACGAAUUGAAUUACUUUCAGAGAUUUUUGGAAAAUUAGUUUAGGUAUUUAUAAAUGUGAUAUUUUCAUUUUUUAAAAGCUAAAUGUUGUAGUACAAGUAAAAAUAAUUCGAUUUUAAAUCAUAAGGUUCAACAAUUAUUUGUAAUUUUAUGAAAAGAAUUAAACAGAAUCACCGCAUCAAA